CGCGUGCAAUUGUGAACAGCGUUGCGCGAGUUGGAGAAUAAAAACAGUUAAAUUAAAAUUAGUUGUUAAAAACAAACUAGUUGCUCUCUAUAAUUUUCCAUAACACAUCUGUAUAUGAAGUUACUACGUUGGUGUUGUGUAUAAUGUUGGCACAGGAGAUUGCACCGACGGAAAUUGGCAAACACGCAAAUAUAAUAAGAGUUGCCCAAGAGGAAUUAGCCAAUAUGGAUGUGCUUGUUUGCGGACGCUGUCUGCGCGCCUUUAACUUUGUCGAGGAAUUUCAGUCGCAUAAGGAGGACGAUGCCUGCGAAAAAGAAAAUUCGAGUUUAAAGGAAUCGCUGGAUACAAAGCCCACAAUCUGGGCAUUUACGCUUUGGAAGGCCACACAGCUGCACACACGGAAGGAGAGCAACUCUUCAAAUUCCUGGGCACUCUAUCAGAAUUGGGUCAAGCUAGACGAGAGCGUGCGCGAGCCUUGGAUUGUUGCCGGUAGGACAAUACAGUCGUUUGGCAAAAUCGGACAUGGCCAGCUUCAAGAUAUGCCUGUACGCAUCACCAAAACCGUUGUAAAUCCGAACAACAAUAACAACAACAACAGCACUGCAAAUAGUAAUAACACGUCCUCCAGUGUUUCACCCACGAGAAAAUCUCCCGCUGGCAAAUUGCCGACAGUUGCUUCACAGCUGAAGGAUACGGAAAAUGAGCGGCCCAAGUCAAAACCCGGCACGCCCACACCGCCCGGCGCCUCGGCGCAAACCACAAUCACUGGCGUUGUUAAGAAUAGCAAUCGCAUUGCCACACGCGUCGACCCAAAAACCGAGCAACGCACUGAGGAGGCAGUGGAGAGUAUUGUAGCGAAACGCUUUAAUCCACGCCGCAAGACGCAUGAGUAUUUGGUGAAGUGGAUCGAUCGUUCGCACAAUGAGAACACCUGGGAGGUGAUGGCCAAUUUAGAGCGUGUGCCCUACUUCCUGCAGAUGUUUGAGAAGCAACUGGCUCGCCAAAAGCUAAAGCGCGAGAAGAGUCUGGAUGCACUGAAGCGCAUGCAACAGGAAAAACCGCAGCAAGACAAACAGCAGGCGUCGCAGGCUGGUGGCAAAAUGGACUCUGCUCCACACAGUCCAGAAUCAUCGGCAAUAUCACCCAAUUCGUCGGGCGUUGGCGCAUCCCGUCCGUCGCGCACAUCCAAGACCAAAGCUAUGGAUCAGUUCAAGCAAUGGGUGAACGAGAGUGGCGCAGGCGAGGGCUCUACAUCACCCUCUUCAGCUAACGAAGAUGAGUCGGCUACGGAACAGGAAUGGUCCACGGCUGCCACGGCACCAACGGCCAUUAAACGCAAACUGAAUCACACAGAUUCCAGUGCCGAGGGUGCUGGUCUCAAUGCCUCCAAUGAAUCAAUGGAGCUGGAAGAUCUCGAAGAGGAUUUAAUACCGUCGCACACAGUAAAGCGAUUAAAAAACGGCGGCAGCUCCGUGCAGCUGAAUAAGCCCAAAAUGCCAACAACGCCGGCUCGCAUCAAUGGCAACUCCUCGUCUGGGUCCAUAUUUAGCGAAAAGGAUGCAAAAAUGGGUGAAAUCAUCUACACGGAGGACAGCACAAGUACCGGCAUGUUCAGAAAACCCGAAAUGCCCAAUACUAUACAAACAAAACGUCAGAAACUCGAGUGCCCGGUGCGUUAUUUAUCCCGCACUGAAAUGGCCAGCAACAACAGCGGCAUCUUUCGCAUAGAACAAUCGGAAAGCAGCGCAAUUUCGCCAGCAGCUCCAAAGAUGAGUCCGGCCGCCAUCUCCUCAGCAGGCAUUGCGCCGCCUGCCAAGCGCAUGGCUGUUGCUCGAGCGUCCGGCAACAAUUCACCGGUGACCGUUGGCCAGCGAACGCAUUUAUUGCGUACACCCGGACAGGCGGCUUCACUGCAACGUCGGCCCGUGGGCAGCAGCGCCCCCAAUCCACUGCGUCAGACGCCAAUGCCCGCCCGAGCCGGAGCACGCAUGCUGGUCACGCGAGCCAAUACGCCACAGCAGCGACAAGUAGCCGGAGCCAAGGCUGUAACGCCAGAGCAAAAGAUUUUGCAGCUAUCGAAGUCUGGGGAUCUCAAGGUGACACGCAAAGUGAUGACUCGCGAGGAUCUGCUAGCACAGCGUGCGGCGCAGGUGCGCCAACAGCGGCAACAACAAGCGCAAGCUUUGCAGCAACAGCAGCAGCAGGUGCAGAUCCAGAAAGUGCAACAGCUGACCCCGCUGAGGCAACGCACGGUGAAUGCGGCGGCAGCUAAGGCACAGCCCAUGCAAAUCGAAAUGGAAGUGGAACAGGAGGAGCUGCAGCAGCAUCAGGCGCAACUAUGCCCCAUCACUGGCAAACUAAUUGGGCAGGAGGAGACGCAGCUGCAAAUGGAGCAGGAACAACAGCAGGAACAGCAGCGCGAACAGCUAGAGGCUGCCGCACAGGCGCUGCUCGGUGGUGAUCAGCAGGUGCUCACCAAUGAGGAUGGCUCCGCGUUGCUGGUACGCGGCGAGGAUGGCACCGUCUACCAGGUUGCCGGCAAGAACGCCGAAGGCCAGACAAUACUCGUCACCCAGGGCCCCGACGGCGAACAGCAGUUUGCCUAUGUGGCUGCCGCCGAGGGUGAGGAUCAGGAUGUGCUCACGUUAGACAAUGCUGUCGCCGAGGCUGUCGCUGCCGUUGGCCAGCAAAGCGAUGCCAAUGCGGAUGGUGAGCACAUACUUGUCAGCAUGACGGAGGAGGAACUGGCUCAGCAUCAGGCUGCGGUAUUGCAGCAGCAACAGCAGCAGCAACAGGAGGCGGCGCCAGCGGGCAGCACACCGCACACGGCGCAAAUUCACAUCACAACAUCGGACAGCGACGGCACCGAGGCACAAAUACCCGCCGAAGUGGUGCAAGCCGAUCUGCCAUCCCCGGGUGGCACGCGUCGCGUUGUUUUGUUGCUGCAGGAUGGCACCUUCAUGAUGACUGAAAUGCAGGAGGAUCAGUUCAAGACGCUAAAUAUCCCGACGUAAAUAAAUACAAAAAAAAAAAAAAAAAAAAAAAAAAAAAAAAAAAAAAAAAACAGAAAAAUAUAGCAUAUAUGUAGUUCAUAAGCAUUAUUAUGAUAGAGCACGGGCCGUUGUUGUAAAGAUACGCCAGAAGAAGAAAGGAAGCCGCUUAAAGUUUAAACAUUGAGCAUUAACCUGCAUCAGCAUCCCGUAGCGCUGUUCCCAUUCUCCCAAUCAUAUCGCACUUUUGAGCAUUCGCAUUCCCCCGCCCUUUGCUCGAAACGUAUCUUUUAGCAUUUCGAUUCGAUCUAUUCAAAUUUUAACAUCCGAAUGUCAAUGCAAACAAAUAGAGUACUUUGCAGUAAGUGGAAAGUUCUUCACUAAAGUAAUUAUUCGACUUGGGGGAUCUGUUUUAUAUAUUAGUAUAUGAUUAAAGAAAAAAAAAACUAUGCAAAGUUUUAAGAUUGUAUAGUUUUCAUCAAUUUGCUAGCAGUCAGUAAAUCUAUCCGGGAUUCAGAGCGUUAGAUUUAACAUUAAGCAACGGCAGCAAUUAUGCAUUAGAAAACUUACCUACAAACUAACUUGUACUUGUACUAAUUAAAACAAUAUACAUAAAAAAAGAAAGAAGAGAGAAAUCAAGCAAACAAAAAACUAUUCUAAUUUAAAUAACUUAAUGUAAUUCAUUAUGCAAUUCUUUAUUCUAGGCAACAACUAAAUGCAGCUGUUGCAUUUUGAAGAACAGUUAAACAUUUAGAAAACUCAGCAAAACCUUAGAAUUUGCAACACGUAACAAAACACACACACGCCCACAUACAACAAACACACACACAUACACACAGAACGAGCAAAACAACAUACAAUUUAGACUUAGAACUUGUAAUUGUAAUAUUAUGAUAUGAUUAUUAUUAUUAUUAUGUAUUGUACAUUAUUUAAGUAUUUUUUAAAAUUG